GAGUUUCCGAGUGUACAUUUCUCUCAACUCUCCUUCCUUGUUGUAGGGUUGCAGCAGAUAAACGCCACCCCUCCCCUCCCACCGCAAACCCUUUCCCCCUCUCUCUCUCUCGCUCUACUAAUCGUACUCUCUUUCUCUCUCUAAAAUUAUCGAAACCUUCCGAAAUUAAUCUCCAGUUUCUUCUCACAGCUCGCCUGAAACUGCAGCAGUUGCUACAAUGGGUGCUUCGCUUCCUUCCAAAGAGGCCAAUCUGUUCAAGCUCAUCGUUAAAUCCUACGAAACAAAACAGUACAAGAAGGGUAUAAAGGCUGCUGAUGCAAUUCUAAAGAAGUUCCCUGACCAUGGAGAGACUCUAUCAAUGAAAGGGCUGACUUUGAAUUGCAUGGACCGCAAGUCAGAAGCAUAUGAACUUGUUAGGCUUGGAUUGAAGAAUGACCUCAAGAGUCAUGUUUGUUGGCACGUUUAUGGUCUUCUUUACCGUUCAGACAGAGAAUACAGGGAAGCAAUUAAAUGCUACCGCAAUGCACUAAGGAUUGAUCCUGAUAAUAUUGAAAUACUUCGGGAUCUCUCUCUUUUACAGGCGCAAAUGCGUGACUUGGCAGGUUUUGUUGAGACAAGACAACAACUGCUCACCCUGAAACCAAAUCAUCGCAUGAAUUGGAUUGGAUUCGCUGUUGCCCAGCAUCUGAACUACAAUGGAUCGAAGGCUGUUGAUAUCCUUGAAGCGUAUGAAGGGACUCUUGAGGAUGAUUACCCUCCUGAUAAUGAACGCUGUGAGCAUGGAGAGAUGCUUCUGUACAAGAUUUCCUUACUAGAAGAAUGCGGAUUGACCGAAAGGGGUCUUCAAGAGUUGCGCAAGAAAGAAUUCAAAAUAGUUGAUAAAUUAGCUGUCAAAGAGCAAGAAGUUUCUCUGCUUGAAAAGCUUGGCCUCUUUGAUGAAGGAGAAGAAUUGUACAGGAAACUCCUUUCAAUGAAUCCUGACAAUUACAGGUAUUAUGAAGGUCUACAAAGGUGUAUGGGUCUGUAUUCAGCAAAUGGUCAGUAUUCUUCUGAUGAUAUUGAUCGACUGGAAGCCUUGUAUGUAUCACUUAGCAAGCUAUAUAGCAGGUCAUCUGCUGUCAAGAGAAUCCCAUUGGACUUCCUAUGUGCUGAAAAAUUCCGUCUAGCUGCCGAAAAUUAUAUUCAACCUUUUCUGACCAAGGGCAUUCCUUCUCUAUUUUCGGAUCUCUCAUCUCUCUACGAUCACCCUGGAAAGGCAGAGAUUCUGGAGCAGUUAAUUCUUGAGCUAGAGCACUCCAUCAAGACAACUGGUGGAUAUCCUGGGAGGUCGGAGAAGGAGCCUCCUUCAACACUUAUGUGGAUUUUGUUUUAUUUGGCUCAGCAUUAUGACAGACGUGGUCAGUAUGGUAUUGCACUCACAAAAAUUGACGAGGCCAUAGAGCACACUCCAACCGUCAUAGAUUUGUACUCAGUGAAGAGCCGGAUACUAAAGCAUGCCGGUGACCCAGUAGCAGCUGCUGCUUUGGCUGACGAAGCUAGAUGCAUGGAUCUUGCCGAUCGCUACGUGAAUAGUGAAUGCGUCAAGCGUAUGCUACAAGCUGAUCAGGUUACAUUGGCAGAAAAGACAGCCGUUUUAUUCACAAAAGAUGGGGAGCAGCACAAUAAUCUUCAUGAUAUGCAGUGCAUGUGGUAUGAACUAGCUUCUGGAGAAAGUUAUUUUCGCCAAGGAGACCUUGGACAUGCUUUGAAGAAAUUUUUGGCUGUGGAAAAGCAUUACGCAGACAUUACAGAGGACCAAUUUGACUUCCACUCUUACUGCUUAAGGAAAAUGACUCUUCGAACCUAUGUUGAAAUGCUGAAAUUUCAAGAUCGCCUUCAUUCAUACUCUUAUUUCCGCAAAGCAGCUGCUGGGGCCAUAAAAUGCUACUUGAAGUUGUAUGAUUCUCCUCCAAAGUCAUCUGCAGAAGAAGAUGAAGAGAUGUCAAAGUUGCCCCCUUCACAGAAAAAGAAAUUGAGGCAAAAACAGAGGAAAGCUGAAGCCCGGGCUAAGAAAGAAGCGGAAGUUAAGGAAGAACCUAAUGCUACUGCUGUUUCAAAAUCUGGAAAACGCCCGGCCAAGCCAGUAGAUCUGGAUCCACACGGAGAGAAAUUACUGCAGGUCGAAGAUCCCUUGGUGGAAGCUACAAAGUACUUGAAGCUACUUCAGAAGCACUCUUCUGAUUCCAUACAGACCCACUUACUUUCUUUUGAAGUUAAUAUGAGAAAGCAGAAAAUUUUACUUGCAUUGCAGGCGGUUAAGCAUAUGCUGCGGUUGGAUGCCGAUAACCCAGAUACACAUCGUUGUUUGAUAAAAUUCUUCCAUAAAGUGGGAUCCCGUCCUGCUCCAGUAACCGAUGCUGAAAAACUCAUCAGCGGUGUCAUAGAAGCUGAACGUCCUACAUUUAGUCAGUUGCAUGGGAACUCUCUAAUUGAGGCAAACACCCUUUUCCUAGAGAAACAUAGAGAUUCAUUGAGGCACAGAGCUGCUGUAGCAGAAAUGAUUUUUGUUACGGAGCCAAGCAGGAAGAAAGAAGCCAUUAGCCUGAUAGAAGAAUCGUCUAGUGACCUACUUCCACAAAAUGGAGCACCGCUUAAGGAUUGCACUGCAGUCCACAAACUAUUAGGCACAGUUUUGGACGACCAGGAUGCUGCAUCAAGAUGGAAAGUUCGGUGUGCUCAGUACUUUCCUUACUCUACCUACUUUGAAGGCAGCCACAGCUCAGCCGCUCCAAAUUCAUCUUACCGUCAAAUUCCCGAACUAUCCGAAAAUGGCAGCCCCCUAAACAUCUCAUCCAAUGGAAGUGUAGAGAAUUUGGAUGCACUCAAGGAUCUAGUCAUCCGAUAAAAAUAGUCAAUGUGGGUCCCACACAUGGCUAUUAUUUCUCGAACAGAUCCCCAUAUGCCAGGUCGUUGAGCGAAGAAAAUAAUAAUUCAAUGUUGCGGCUUGGAAGCUGAGGAAACUACGAGAGAGAACGAUUUUCGAGUUUGAUAGAAUUGCAGAGUUUACGUGUUUAAUCUGAAUUUUCUUUUCUUUUCUUUCCGUUCCAUCUUACUGGUAUAUGCCAUUAUAUUGCAUAUACGUACAACCAUUUUGUUUUUGGCAGUUGGAUUGUACAUUUUUUCGUAAGCAAGAAUUUUAUGUACUCAGGCAUAGAACCACCACCAUACCCAAUAGCUAUCAUACUUUGGAAGCAUGUUGUAUUUUUCUUAAUUAAAUUUGAGCAAUUUUAGUUGUGAUGUAUAAAAUGCUACUUUUAAUUUGAAUUUUGUUUGGGUAUUCAUAUACUAUGAAGCCUGAUU